UCGGCACGGCCCACAAGCCCACGUAGUGCCGAAAGCUGAGCACGGCGACGGCGUCAGGCCACCUUUGAAAUACUCCGGUUUGGCGCCCAACGUAACCGUCUCAUCCAACAGCUCCCGCUUCUUGGCUUCCCAUCUUCUCUUCGUCGCCGGAGCCCCAAGAAACCAAGAAUCCACCAUCCCCACGUCUCCACCGCGCGCCUCUGCUCUCCAGCGUCACCGACUCACCGGCGACCGAUGGAGCUGUUCCAGGACGGCCAGCACGUGCGGCUGCGGAGCCGCGGGCGCGGGACGUACCUGCACGCCGACGACGACGGGCUUGGCGUCUCCCUCCGCCGGCUCCACGCGUCGAUGAACGUGGCUUGGGCGGUGCACUUGUACCAGGGCCACUACCUGCUCCUCCAGAGCGCCGCCUACGGUGGCUACCUCGCCGCCACGGCCGCGCCGGCGCGGCGCGGCCACCGCGGGCGCCGCGUCGAGCAGCGCAACUACUAUCACUCGGAGGUGGAUCUAAUGCUUUGGCAGGCCGUCCAGAUGGAGAACCUCUUCCUCAAUAGCAUCAACGGCGGAAACCUCCGCGCCAACCGGAGGUACCGCCCCUGGAACAACGGCGUCAGCGUCGACCACAUCGACGACAUCAACAACAUCAGCACCAUGAUGCACUGGGUCGUGGAGGUCAUCCCCGCCAGGGAGAUCAUACCUCGCCUUCCACGUCCGUCUCCGCUUCCCGACCUCUUAUUGCGGCCGCGGCUGAUCUUGUACGUGUGGCCGAACAUCCACGGGGGCCUCAUCACCCACGGCACGUUCGUGUUCGGUGGGAGGUCCGUGUUCCGCCUGAGGAGCGAGCUGGCUAGGCGGCUGGGCGACCUCGCAAUCAUGGACCUGGAGGUCGCCGACCUCGUCAUGUGCUUGCCCACGUAUGAUGGCCGGCUUAUUCCACUGGUCGUGGAUCUGCCCCGCAGCGGCGAGACCCUCCACAUCGUGGUCGUCAUCGUCGGGUCACCUGCCUACAUGGCGCUGCAGUACGCGGAUGUCGAUGCAUAGCAGAGAGAUACCAGAGCCAGGACACCUAGAAGUCUCCUUCAUGUCCACCUCGUCGGAAUGUGUCGCCGCCACGGCAUUAUAACUCAGUUCCUUUCGUUGAAAUAUGGGCUCAGGAAAACCCAGCUUGGUUCGCUGAAAUAUGGGUUCAGGAAACUUGUAUGCGUUGGCAUCACCAUUCUGUGUUGGGAUUUUGCCCACAGGAUCGAUUACAUCAAAUUAUAGAUGAACACAAGC